GGACCUUUGCACUUUGCCCCAAGCCCCAGUAUACCCUGGCUCUGUUUUCGUGGGGCCAGCAAAGACAGUUUAAAGCUCCCAGCGAUCUAGGAGGGCCCUCGGAGCCAUUCAGAGGCUCCCGUUGGGGCUGGACCGUGUGUAGGCCCCACUCCCUUCAGCAGACCCAGCCCAGCCCUGCUGUCCUGGGGAGGCCCGGAGGAAGCCCUGCAGGGAGAAAGGUUGUGGCCGGGCAUAGUGCAGCCACAGCCACGGAGGCACAAUGGUCCUGGCUGGGCUCUGGGCCUUCCUUCUGUGUGCCUGUGUUCUAGGCCACCCAAAGCAAACAACAUCUGGAGGAGAGGAUAUGAGAAACUGUUCGGUGACCCCACCGUUUCUUCCAGUCACAGCUGUCAACACCACUGUCCGGCUCAAGGACUUCCGACAGCACAUGGAGACUAAAGGUCUUGAUGCCUACAUCAUUCCUGACACUGACGCCCACAUGAGUGAAUACAUUGCUGAACACGAUGAGAGACGCCGGUGGAUCUCUGGCUUCAGUGGUUCUGCAGGAAAUGCAGUGGUGUCCAAGAUGAAGGCAGCUCUGUGGACUGACAGCCGUUACUGGAUUCAGGCUGAACGGCAAAUGGAUUGUAACUGGGAGCUGCAUAAGGAAGUUGGCACUUUGCCUAUGGCAACAUGGAUCCUGGCAGAGAUUCCAGCUGGAGGUCAAAUUGGCUUUGACCCCUUCCUCUUCUCCAUUGACACAUGGAAGAGUCUCGAUCUUCACCUUCAAGGUUCCAACAGAAGCCUAGUAGCCAUUACAGACAACCUUGUGGACCAGGUUUGGGGGACAGAGAGGCCUUCCCUUCCCAGUCAACCAAUUUACUACCUCCAGGAGAACUUCACAGGGAGCACAUGGCAGGAAAAAGUCACAGAAAUCCGAAACCAGAUGCAAACGCAUUCUAACGCCCCCACAGCUGUCCUUCUGUCUGCGCUGGAUGAGACAGCUUGGCUCUUCAAUCUUCGAAGCAAUGAUAUUCCUUACAAUCCUUUCUUCUAUUCCUACACCCUACUGACCAACUCCUCCAUCAGGCUAUUUGUGAAUGCAAGCCGACUGAGCAGUGACGUCCUACAGUACUUGAGCUCAGACUGCACAGGCCCAAUGUGUGUACAAAUUGAAGAUUAUGGCCGAAUCCAAGAAAGCAUCCAGAAGUAUAGUGUGGAAGAUGUACGAGUCUGGAUUGGAACUGAAUAUACCACCUAUGGGCUCUAUGGGGUCAUACCCCAGGAGAAACUUGUAGAGGACUCCUACUCUCCAGUGAUGGUGGCCAAAUCAGUGAAGAACAGAAAAGAGCAGGAUUUGCUCAGGGCUGCACAUGUGCGGGAUGCUGUGGCUAUGAUCAGGUACCUGGUGUGGCUGGAGGAGAAUGUCCCCCAGGGCACCGUAGAUGAAUUCUCAGGGGCAGAACAGGUGAACAAGUUCCGGGGAGAAGAAGAAUUCUCAUCAGGGCCCAGUUUUGAAACCAUCUCAGCCAGUGGCCUGAAUGCAGCCUUGGCUCACUACAGUCCAACCAAGGAGAUCCACCGCACCCUGUCCCAAGAUGAGAUGUAUCUGCUGGAUUCUGGAGGGCAAUAUUGGGAUGGAACAACAGACAUCACCAGGACAGUCCACUGGGGGAUCCCUUCUUCAUUCCAAAAGGAAGCCUACACCAGGGUGCUGAUGGGAAACAUCGACCUGUGUAGACUUGUCUUCCCCUCAUCCACAUCAGGGCGAGUAGUGGAGGCCUUUGCCCGAAGAGCCCUGUGGGAAGCUGGUCUCAAUUAUGGGCAUGGCACAGGACAUGGCAUUGGCAACUUCCUCUCCGUGCAUGAAUGGCCAGUGGGAUUCCAAUCCAACAACAUUGCUAUGGCCAAAGGCAUGUUCACAUCCAUAGAACCCGGUUACUACCAGGAUGGAGAAUUUGGGAUCCGUAUUGAAGAUGUGGCCCUGGUGGUAGAAGCCCAGACCAAGUAUGGCGGGUCCUACUUGGCCUUCGAGGUGGUGUCCCUGGUACCCUACAGCCGGAACCUUAUCAAUACUACUCUGCUGCUGCCAGAGCAGCUCGAGUACCUGAACCAAUACUAUAAGACAAUCCGGCAAAAAAUUGGUCCUGAGCUGCAGCAGCGGAACCUGAAGCAGGAGUAUGAGUGGCUCCUGAAGAACACAGAGCCCCUGAUUGACAACAGCAGUUGGGUCCGGCUUCCGGCAUCACUGACCAUCCUGGUGGCAACUACCCUUGCGUUGGCCCUGGGCCAGAGCCUAUAGUGAGGAGACCUCACAGCA